GGUACGCAACCGCCAAGGUAAGCACCCGCCCCCGUAGAAGAAGAAGCGCGCGGCUAAUCCGAAUUCAAACUCAAGGAAAUAAGUCACGCAGAAGAAGACGGAAAUAGAGCAGCAGCGAGAGAAUUGAACAUAAAUGAAUCAAUGGUGCUUAGGUGGAGGAAGCAACAAGAUGACCUGCGCCAAGUAAAGAAGACAACACAGAGCUUGAGGGAACAAAGCAAGAUGGCAAGAGUUGGAGGACAAACUCGAGCAGCAAGCAGAAGUGUCAGCGACAUCACUAUUCCAAUGAAGUGUCAGUAACAUCAUUAUUCCAAUGAAGUGUCAGCACCAUCACUAUUCCAAUGAAGUGUCAGUAACAUCAUUAUUCCAAUGAAGUGUCAGCACCAUCACUAUUCCAAUGAAGUGUCAGUAACAUCAUUAUUCCAAUGAAGUGUCAGCACCAUCACUAUUCCAAUGAAGUGUCAGUAACAUCAUUAUUCCAAUGAAGGCAACAGCGCCAGCAAGCGAACUUCACUUGGAUGAUUUUAAAAGGUGGAGCUUCUUGGUGUUUCCGCUUCAUGAAAAGACGCAAUCUCUCCAUCCGCACACGGACUACUAUUUCACAGCAACUGCCAAAAGACUUUCAAGAAAAGCUGGCUACUUUCCGCGCAUAUUGUAAAAACAAGAUAGCUGAAAAAAAGGAAGGCAGGAUUGAUGGAACUGCCGGACAGCAACAGCGACACUGACUCUGAUGACUUCGACAAGACGCAGCCCGCCAUUUUGGAUGCCGUAUUCGCCCAAUUUUUAAAUUCAGACACUGACGAAGAAAAAUUCGAGGGAUUUAUGGAUGAGGAAUAACUUCUGAAGGUUUCGGUGAGAAAAUUGUGGUAAAAAGUCGCCUCUUACCGGAGAUCAGCGGAGCUUCUGUCGUGCUGCUGCUGCCGUGACGAAUUCCCUCAGAGACUGGCGUCAAGACACCCGUGGACACACCCCUCCGACUAUCAGGCGAAGAAUUUCGUAAAUCAAAAUCCGUAAAGGCUCACGGACAAACCAAAUUGGCGUGGGUGCAAGACCCUCGGAAUUUGACAUCUGAAAGAGAAGACCGUCGUCAUUUACGAGAAUUCAAGAAGUUUAACAUGGCAAGAGGCUGCCUUUGCUGCUUGAAGUAUUUGAUGUUCAUCUUCAAUCUCAUCUUCUGGUUGUGUGGUUGUGGGCUGCUCGGCGUGGGCAUCUGGCUCUCCGUGUCUCAGGGCAGCUUCGCCACCUUCUCGCCCUCGUUCCCUGCACUGUCAGCUGCCAACAUGGUCAUCGCCAUCGGCGCCAUCGUCAUGGUAACAGGCUUCCUGGGUUGCCUUGGUGCCAUCAAAGAGAACAAGUGCCUCCUACUCAGCUUUUUCAUCGUCCUGCUGAUAAUUCUCCUGGCAGAAGUGAUAUUAGUCAUCCUGUUCUUUGUGUACACAGAUAAGGUGAGCGAGAACGCCAAGCAAGACUUGAAAGACGGCCUGGCUCUCUACAACUCUGAAAACAACAUCGGCCUGAGAAAUGCCUGGAACAUUAUCCAGGCGGAGUGGAAGUGCUGCGGCGUUAUAGCCUACACGGAUUGGCACGAGGCCCUGAAAGAGAAGGUCGUUCCUGACCGCUGCUGCCAGGAACAUUACCAGGACUGCGGACGGAACGCCACCACCAUGUUCUGGAACCGAGGAUGCUUUGAGAAGGUGGAGGAGUGGCUUGAUGACAGCAAGCAUCUGCUAGGAACCAUAGGCAUGGUCAUCUUGGUGGUGCAGCUCCUAGGCAUGGCGUUCUCCAUGACACUCUUCCAUCAGAUCCACAGAACGGGGAAGAAGUAUGACGCCUAAGCUUCGAGAGAAGAGGAGGCUCAAUUCCUGAUGGGAUGGAACUUUUCAAAGAAAUAAAAAUGCCACCUCCUUUGUGCUCCCCAAACAAAAACCACCACCACCACUGCGUUGCAACCAUCCUUUGACUCUGUUCCCAGAAUUUGUGUGCAGAUUCCUCGGCCUGCUCCUUUCGCCACUCAUUUUUGCCAAAGAGUAACACAACUGUAAGAGGGGGGGAAGAAGGACGGCAGCGUCAUUUGGCACUUGAGAGAACCCCGUUGGUUGUCACUCCUUGAUUUUUAUUAACGCUUUGCAAAAAGGAAGCGCGCACAGACACUAAGACAAUAAAGACUUCUAUUAACACUUCCCACCCGCUGGGAGAAGACGACAUAAAAAUCCCUCCUCCCAUUUCUGGAGUGUUUGUGUUUCUUUUAUGUCGAUUAAAAAUCACCCUCUUGUACAUGGAUAAGAAAAAAAAACAAAAUGGCAUGCUAGUUUUUUACUGAAAUUCAAAAAAAAAAAACCUUUAGCACCCUUUAUUUUGUUCCAAAUACCUUUUUUUUGUGUGAGUGAUGUUCCUGCGGAAUGUAAGGAAUUGAUGGCGUUAUUGUUUUUUUUUUUUCUCUUUGGACUAUCAUUUUGGGUAAAGUGAGUAAGGAUGGAAGGACGUCACAAAAAUGGUGGUACAAGUUUUGUCAUAUUUUGAAAAAAAAACAAAAAAAACAUGCUGUAUGUGCUACCACGCCCCAACAUUGUUGCGUUUUCCUAUUGAGACGAUGCAAGUUGUGUAAAAUGAUUGUUUAUUAAAGCUCCACCGGGACUGUCAA